AUGGGGCCCUGCAGAGACCCUUGCCCAGGUCCGCCGGGGGCGGAGUCCCCCUCCCAGCCUCCCAAGAGGAGAAAGAAAAGAUACCUGCGUCAUGACAAGCCCCCCUACACCUACUUGGCCAUGAUCGCCUUGGUGAUCCAGGCCGCACCCUCACGGAGGCUGAAGCUGGCACAGAUCAUCCGACAGGUCCAGGCUGUGUUCCCCUUCUUCAGGGAUGACUACGUGGGCUGGAAGGAUUCCAUCCGCCACAACCUUUCCUCCAACCCAUGUUUCCAAAAGGUGCCCAAGGACCCUGCGAAGCCACAGGCCAAGGGCAACUUCUGGGCGGUCGACGUGAGCCUGAUCCCAGCUGAGGCGCUGCGGCUACAGAACACGGCUCUGUGCCGGCGCUGGCAGAGCAGGGGCGCUCACGGCGUCUUUGCCCAGGACCUGGGUCCCUAUGUCCUACACGGCAGGCCCUACCAGCCGCCCAGUCCCCCACCGGCACCCAGGGAGGGCUUCAGCAUCAAGUCCCUACUAGGGGGCCCUGGGGAGGAGCCACCUUGGCCCCAGCCUCCAAAGAAAAGUCCAUCUCCAGCCAGCGUGGGGUGCACCGGGGAGGAGGGGGUGCCCACUGCACCCCUGCCUUCCUCGGAGAGGCCUCUGUGGCCUCUGUGCCCACUCCCUGGGCCCACAAGAGGUGAGGGGGAGACGUCCCAGGGGGAGACCACCAGGCCCUCCCCCCUCCCCCCAGAGUGCGGGGCCUGGCCCCUCCAUCUCUUGCAGGCUAGUCCAGACACUCGGGAACUGUCUGGCGGGGGACACAGAGCCCCACUCUGGGGGCAACUGCCCACCUCUUACUUGCCCAUCUAUACCCCCAAUGUGGUAAUGCCCUUGGCCCCCCUACCACCCACCUCCUGCCCCCAGUGCCCACCUGCAGCCAGCCCAGCCUACUGGGGGGUGGCCCCUGAAGCCCAAGGGCCCUCAGGGCUGCUCUGGGAUCUGGAUGCCCUCUUCCAGGGGGUGCCUCCCAACAAGAGCAUUUAUGACGUGUGGGUCAGCCACCCUCGUGACCUGAGUGCCCCAGGCUGGCUGCUCUCCUGGUACAGUCUGUGA